AUGAAAAAUUUGGUAUGGAAAACUGUAUGGAAAAAUGCAAAUUUCAGUUCAUUUCGUAGUAUCAAAGAUAUGAACCCCCAAUUUGUGCUGUAUCCAAAAGCAACAAAUGAUGACGAUUUUGAUGAUAUUUAUAUAGCGUUAAAAUACGCUCAAACAAAUAAUUUGAAAAUUGCUAUUCGUACAGGUGGGCAUCAAUAUACCGAAAUUGGAAUUAGUCACUCAUUGGAUGAGUUUGCGAAAAUAUUACAAGAUAAAGGACAGUUCUUACCGGUAGGUCAAUGUGAAUAUGUAGGUUUGGGAGGACAUGUACAAACUGGUGAUUAUGGACAACUCGCGAGGGGUUUUGGUCUUUUAAUAGAUUAUAUUAAGGAGAUUAAGAUUAUAUCUUAUGACGAAACUGAAAAUAAAUAUACAGCAAAAUGGAUUAAAAAAGGUGCCGAAUUAUUUCGUGCUGUCAUUGGUGGUAGCCCGGGUAAUUUCGGUGUAAUUACACACGUUAAGUUUAAUGUUUUAAAGGAUCGCAAGUAUUCACCUCGUGGAUUUUUUGCAGUUUGUGAAUACGAUCCUGGAUAUUUUAAAACAUUCUUGGAUAUAAUGUUAGAAACCGUCGACGAAGAUGAUUUUGAUUAUUGUGUCACACUCAUAUCUGACUCAGGUAUAGAAGAUAUUGGAAAUGUCUUAGAUAAUGAUCCAUCAUAUGACAAAACAUACAAUCGACAAGAGUAUGUUAAUAGUGGUGAUGAAGAUGUUGUUUGGCCAACUAUGAUCAUCAUACACGCUUAUCAUUAUCAAGAAUACGACGAAAACACUUCUCCAAUUAAGAAAAUAAAAGAUGUUGUUAAAGAACCAAAUAAAUGGACAAUUGUAACAGACACAACAAAAAAGGAUAUUAAAGUUUCAGAUUUAGUUAGAGAUUGGAUUGUGUUUAUCAGAAGAGAAUUUCAAUUGCAGUAUAUAAAGCCUCAAUUCAAAUACUAUGGUGGUGCAGAAUCCGAAUUUUAUAAGAAAGGCGUAGAAAACCAGGAUAAAACAUCAAUUAGUUGGCGAAAUAUGAAUUUUGGAUUUACCUUUGACGUAUUUUUCGAAAAAGAGAAAUUUCAUUUAGCAAGCGAAUGGCAAAGAGAAAAUGAUAAAUGUGUUUCAGUGAAUAAUCCUAUAUUCUCUGAUAAAGAUAUGCGUUUGUUAUGGGCUUCUCAUGACUUAAAUCUCAAUUAUUUUCAUGAUUGUUAUUAUGAAACUGAAGACAAAUAUAAAAAAUUAUGUGAAUUAAGAGAUAAAUAUGAUCCUGAUAAAAUUUUUAUUCCUAAUAAUUUUUGUGUUGGUGUAAAGAAUGAAGCGCCAAAAGAAGAUUUAAAAAAAAUAUUAGACGAGAAUAGUGAAAAAUUCAAGAAAAUGAUAUCAGGGAGAGGUUUUACUCCGAUUUGGAAAACAUGGAAGGGUGGUGCUAAUCGUUCUGCAACGAUUUCUCUUGCACCACUAAUUAAUUCUUCAAAUUUUUCAUUAGACAGGUUUUGA